AUGGAAAACAAAAACAGAGUGCCCUCGGAGAAUGGUGCCUACGAGGCAGCUGCGAACGGCAUGCUCGACUCUAACCAAGCUGCCCGGGGAGAUGGCCGCAUGAACCGUGCUGUGGCUUUCAAACUGGAGGACCCGCACCUGUCUUUGGAGAUGGCACUGAGGAUGGGUGGAUUUCAGUAUCCUACAGAUGCCACUGCCAAAACAGUGGAUGGGGAAGGCAUCACCCUAAGGCAGAGGAAGAAUCAAUUGAUUCGACGAGUGAGAAAAGCCAACAAACUUGAAGGCGUGGCCGGAUCCCAGAAAAGUUCACCAGGCAGCACUCAUCCCAAGCAAGCUGCAAAGCCAAAUGCUGCCUCAGCUACAGGGGGCUCAUCAAGCCUGUCUUUCCCUGCAUCUGCUUGCUUCAGCUCGUUCUCCACCAUAUCCACAAAUCAUGACCUCUAUCAGAACACGAAUAUCUUUGCAAGCCGCCCAGUGAAUCAUCCUUUCCACCAUGCUACCGGUACCCUUCAUCAAAACAGCCAAUUGGAUACGGCAAGUGGGACGCAGGCUGCCAAAUGCAAUGAAAGCAGGGAUCCUCCAAUCAAUUCUUGCUCAACUUCGUCAAACAAAGCCCAAAGGACACAGUCCUUGCUCAAAUGUGAUGAAGACUGCAUUGAGCAGGAUGCAAAGCCAACUGCUGUCUCGUCCCAAGGUUCAUCAAGCCUGUCACAGCACACAUCUGCUUCCUUCAGUCCAUUCCCUGAUGUAGUACCCAAAAAUCGUGAAGUAUAUCAUCACGUCAGUGCAAGCCUCCCGGGAAGCCAUGGCCCGAUGCACCAUAACGUGAACCAAGCUACGCUUCAACAUGAUAGCCGAGUGGGAGCAACGCACGAAGUUAAUUCGUUCAACUUAGAUGAUUACGAAAGUCAGGAUCCUCGAGUUAAGUUGGGUUUGACGAUAUUCUCAGAGGAACUGCAUUCUUCCGUCUACCCUAGAGCCAUGCAGAUGGCUGGCUUCUCGGAGGAAGAAGCCAGGGAGACAUCAUCCAAGUUUCACCAAUUUGCUUCGGUUGCCUGGGCUCGAGAGAGCGAGAGACUUCUGGGCAUUCUAAACGACCAUUCCUAG